AUGGUUGCACCAGCGUUCGGCUUCUCUGUAGGCGACUUCAUUGCUGGAACGAAGCUUCUUGUCAAUGUAUUCAGUGCUUUCAAGGAGACUGGGGGGGCAUCAGCCAAGUAUGCCUCUGAAGUGGCCUUUCUGAACAGCCUUACAUCCACUCUUCAGCAUCUUGAGAAGCAAAUAGGAGCCUCCUCUGCCCAGGAUGACAUCUCUAGAGACCUUUCCAAGCUGGCCCAGUUGAUUCGUGAACCCUUGGAGGUUUUCAAGGUCUUUCUGGACAAAUACGAAGCAUCGUUAGGGGAGUCCUCCACAAGAUCAUCACUAAGCAAGGCUCCAAAAACAAUCAAGUACACUGUGAAAGAACUCUCUGGAAAGGUCGAUAAACUCCGACGUCAGGUAGAGCAACCUCUGCAAGCUGUAAAUUCGCUUUUAUCACUGCAAGUUAUAAAAUCGAUUGAACGCCUACCUGACCAACCCCUGCAGCCUUUCCAGUGCGCCCAGAUACUGGAGGCUAUCCGAGUGGCCGACAUUCCUGCCGAACUCGACAAGCAAAUACAGGUCCUGCAGCGCAAUGCCAGGGCCCAUAAUAUCAUGCAAGAUGAACAACUGCAGCGCGUUGAAGAACUUCGGACGAAACUACACAGCGAAGUCUCAAGUCUUCAAGCCAGGUUGAAAGAUCUUGAACAAGCCACCGCAGAGCUUGCGACACAGAAUGGUCAGAAAGACCAACUUGACGUCUCCAAGCAAGCAACGACGAGUGUCGAAAAACUAUCAAUCGCUCUCGAAACCAAGUCUGAGAAGCUGGAAGAGGAACUCAAAGAGCAGAGGAAACUGGUCAUUGCACUGCGAUCCUUUCUGGAGGAUAAAGUCGAGAUGCAGCAAAUUGCACUAGCCACAGACGACGAGAUGAACUACCAUAAUGGUAGUGCAAAAGCAACCAAGUCCUGGCCAUCGGCUACUUUACCUGCCGCGAACCUGGCAAUUCUGUUAUUGUCAUCCGUUGUUUCCAGCGUGGCAGCAACUACCCUUACCGUGGCAGCGCGCAGCCAGAAGAAGCACCUGCUCACGGCAGCUUCAAGAUCAACAACAACAGCUAGAGUUCCCGUUUCCACCAGUUCCAACAAUUAUUGGCCCACAAAUAGCUCAAUCGUGGAGAGAAACCCUCAAGCAGUGAGCUCGCAAUCAUCAACAUGGGUGGUGGAUUUCGCCCACUCAAGCUUCUCCGCCGUAACAAAACGACCCAGGCCUGCUAAAAGGGAAUCUAAAUUAUCAUACGCUGGCAUGAGGUUCAUUGAAGAUUCCGGCGGGAAUAGAGGAAUGUCCAAACUGGGUGAACCAGAACAAGCGGAUGCGCCAGGGCACCAUCACGAUAACAACUAA